AUGAUAGCUUCCCUCUGGACAAAGAAGAUCUACGAUCAGUAUCAGAAGGCUUUAGGCAUAGAUCUGUGGAGCACUCAAUACGAGAAAAUGAAAGAGCACCUGAGGAAGCUGAAAGAUAUCAAUCAUAAGCUGAGAAAAGAAAUCAGGCAAAGGAUAGGAGAGGACCUGAAUGAUCUGAGCAUUGAUCAUCUGCGCAGUCUUGAGCAAAAUAUGAAUGAAGCCUUGAAUGGUGUACGUGCCAGGAAGUACCAUGUGAUCAAAACCCAAACCGAAACCUACAGGAAGAAGGUGAGGAAUUUAGAGGAGAGACAUGGAAACCUCUUGAUGGAAUAUGAAGCAAAAAUGGAGGAUCCACAAUAUGGUUUGGUAGACAAUGAAGGAGAUUAUGAAUCUGCUGUUGCACUUGCAAAUGGGGCUUCCAACCUCUUUGCUUUCCGCCUGCACCAAGGGCACAACCACCACCACCACCACCCUAAUCUUCACCUUGGAGCACUUUCUGCUACUGCCACUACUACUCUUCCUACCACCACUUCAAUUCCUCCUCCAUGGAUCCCCGAAGACGACCUCUUGUUAAAAAACGCUAUCGAGGCAGGAGCAUCGUUGGAAGCCUUAGCGAAAGGAGCGGUGAGAUUUUCGAGGAAAUUCAGUGUGCGUGAAUUGAGGGAUCGGUGGCAUUCUUUACUGUAUGAUAAUGAUGUUUCGGCGGAAGCGUCUAGUAGAAUGGUACAGUUAGGACUUUCUAAUUUUUCCUUGCCGAAAAUAAAUAAUAAUAACAAUAGUAAUAAUAAAUUUGGUGUUGUUCUGAAAGAAAGCGAUUCUGUUAAGAGAAAAUUCGAAUGUGUUAGGCAUUUGUAUUAUGCAAUGAGGAAGAAAAUGCGGAAGCGUGGUGGUGGAGGGUGUGGUGAUUAUGGUUUUCUUGGUUCGCCCAAUGGUGGUGGUUGUGAAGGGAAUGUUGGAUUUGGUGGGAAUGGUGGGUUUGGAGAGGAUGAUCGAGGGCAUCUUGAAUUUGUUGGGGGGAAUGAAGGAGGGGUGGGGGAUGUGUGUUUUGAGAGAGAAAAUGUGAGAAAGGAUGUGCAGGAUGUUGGAGAUGGGUUGGUUGAGUUUCGAGAUUCUGAUAGAGGUGGGAAAGCCGGGCCAUGUGGUGUGCUGGAAAGUGAUGCUUUGAUUCAGGUGGAGGGAAUUGAGUCUUUGGCACCAAGGGUGCCGUUAUGGAAAGCGAUGGAGGAUGUUUCUGUGCCUGAAAUGCCAGUUAGUGCGAGUGUUGAAGGUAAAGGUCAAAGUGGAGAGGAUAUGUUAGUAAAUCAUGAAGAUGUGGAUGGGAAUAAAGUAAGAUUGGCGGGAGUGGAUGCUGAUCACUCAAGAGAAGAGUUGCAAGAUGAACCUACUGUUGAUGUACUUCAUAGCUCAACUGCUAUUUCAGAAUCUGAUUUUCCAGAUAUUUCAGACUCGCUCUUGAACUUUCCAAAUGAGGAUGCGCCACUUUUUAUGGAUGUUGAUAGGAAAGAUGCAAUAGAUAAAUGUUACGAUAGCAUUACUACUUCGCUUUUGGUUAGUUCUCCUAAUGAUGUUCUGGGUGAUGUGCCCGAUGUUAAAGAUCCAGAGACAUUAGCUUCAGAUACAAGCCUUGGAAUUCCUGAUGGUGCAUCCCCUGCAGAGUUAGAGGCUAUUCCAGAGGAUUCACGCUCUGUUGGUGGCAAUCAGGAUAGUCAUCUUGUGUCAGAAAUGAAUGCGCCAUCAUCGCCAAAUAUUUUGUCUGCCGAAGAAAAGGGAGAAAUGGAGUGCACAAUAAACAUGGAGGACUCUGAGAUCCCAUGCAAUGAUGAUGUAUUCGUAACUAAAACAUUUGCUUCUCCCAUAAUGGAGCAAACUUCUAACAAGACUCCCUACCUGUCUUCCUCGAGUGCUAAUCAAAAAGUUUGCAAACAAGAGCUAAUCGUGAUGAAAGAAGAAAAUCCUGCUCAAUGUCUUACUUCUCCACGGAUGGUUGGGCAGUCUAUGUUGCCAGUAACCAGUCCAAGACACCAACAUGUUCUCUGUGGAGCCAAAUGUGAGUUUCCUGCUCUGAUGUCCAGACAAGCUAUCACAGCCCAUGUAGACCCAAUUCAGUGCAGAGCAGCCCCGGGAACUCCUACUCUUUCCACAGUUGGACUGCUAAAGUCAGAGUCAUUAUAUGAAAAAUUAAGUUUCCCUAUAAAAGCUACCGCAGCACCCUCAACAUCAGAUCAGGAAGAAUCUGGGAGUGAUGAUGAUGUUCCCUGCUUUUCAGACAUUGAAGCCAUGAUACUUGAAAUGGAUCUAUGCCCGGACGAUUCAGAUUCAUUUGUUAAUCAAGAAGUCUCAAGAUAUCAGAAUGAAGAUGCCACAAGGGCAAUUAUAAGGUUGGAACAGUGUGCUCGAUCUUCUAUGCAAAGAGCCCUUGCAUCUCGAGGAGCACUUGCUAUCUUGUAUGGACGCCAUUUGAAGCAUUAUAUAAAGGACACUGAGGCUGUGCUUGGCAGAGCAACAGAUGAUAUGGAUGUUGAUAUUGAUUUGGGAAGAGAAGGUCCUGCCAACAAAAUAUCAAGACGGCAGGCACUCAUAAAGAUGGAACGAGAUGGCUCUUUCUUUUUAAAGAAUCUUGGUAAGAGUCCGAUAUUUUUGAAUGGUAAAGAACUUACUACUGGGCAGAGUAUGGGUCUGAGGUCAAGUAGUUUGAUUGAGAUUAGGGAAAUGGCGUUUGUGUUUGAAGCGAAUAGCAAAUCUGUGAGGCAGCAUCUGGCGAAUGUUACCAAAAAUCACGAAGAUGACAAUUUCAAAUUUGAAUGGUCAGACAAAGGGAUUAUCCCCCGAGAAACUAAUAUCAAGUUUGAAUGGUCUGAAGGGGUUCCAUGA